CCACCAGCGACAAUCAAUCUAAUGAGCAUUGGCAACAGGAUUGUAAUUUUAAAAUUAUCAUCAACCAAUUUAGAGUUUCAGGGUCCAUAGUUCUGGAACAAUUACUACUAUCAGAUUGAAUUGAGUGUUGUCAUAAUGGAAGGAUUGUUUUUCAAUGUCAAUUACGGUUACGUAGAAGGGGUUGUCAGAGGUUACAAGAGUGGAUUAUUAAGUUCUAAUCAAUAUGUUAAUCUUACUCAAUGUGAUAAUUUAGAAGAUUUAAAAUUACAAUUAUCAUCAACUGAUUAUGGUAACUUCUUAUCAACUUAUUCUGGUGUGUUGAGUACUAGUGUCAUUCAAGAAAACUUAUCCAAGAAGUUGUAUCAACAAUUUCAAUAUUUAAAAGCCAAUUCAAGUGGGAAAUUAACUAAAUUCUUAGAUUAUAUUAGUUAUGGUUAUAUGAUUGAUAAUGUAUCAUUGAUGAUUACUGGUACUUUACAUGAAAGAGAUAGAUCUGAAAUCUUAUCCAAAUGUCAUCCUUUAGGUUGGUUUGAUACUUUACCAACUCUUUCAAUUGCUACUGAUAUUGAAAGUUUAUAUAAUACAGUAUUAAUUGAUACUCCAUUAGCACCAUUUUUUAAGAAUUGUUUAACAGCUGAAGAUUUAGAUGAUUUAAAUAUUGAAAUUAUUCGAAAUCGUUUAUAUAAGAAUUAUUUGGAAUCAUUUGUGGAAUUCAUUACUACUGAAUUCACUAAUCCUGAUCAAGAAAUUAUGUUAAGAUUAUUAAAUUUUGAAGCUGAUAAAAGAGUUAUUAAUAUUUCUUUAAAUUCUUUAAAUAAUCCUGAUUUAACCGUUGAAAAUAAACUUUCAUUAUUACCAAAUUAUGGAAAAUUAUAUCCAACUUAUCAUGGAGAAUUAUCUCAAGUUGAUGAUUUUGAACAAUUAAAAUUAAUUGUUGAAAAUGUUCCAGAAUAUAAAGAUAUAUUUACUGAAGGUGAUAGUGCGAAUGGAGGGGCUAAGAAUUUAGAAGAUUGGUUUUAUUUAUUAGAAAUGCAAUUUUGUAAAAAUGCUUUCACUCAACAAUUCACAUUAUCAACUGUUUGGGCAUGGUUAAGAUCUAAAGAACAAGAAAUUAGAAAUGUAACUUGGAUUGCUGAAUGUAUUGCUCAAAAUCAAAAGAAUAGAAUUGAUAAUUAUAUAUCAGUCUACUAAAAAAGUAUACAAUCUUUAUUUCUUCAUUCCUAUUACCAACGUUAGUUUUACGUCUUUAUUUAGUUA